UGACGCGCAGGUCGCUCCCGCUUCCUCAGCACUAGCUUCUGGGUUUGGGGCGCUGGGGGAGUCCUUACUGAGUCCUUGUGGGUGCCCGCCUGGGUCCCCUGUGGCGGGCGGGAGGGUGCGGCAGGCAGGCAGCCUCCCAGUUCCACCUGCUGCGGUCGCGGGCGGCCCGUGAAUUUGGAGAGGCGGUCACCCGGGCACUCCCCGUCGUUUCCAAGGGGUCCGAAGGCGGUGUGUUUUCGUCCGGGUAGAGUUGGUCUGCCGCGCGGGCGCUGCGCCUGGCCGGCCGGUCGAACCUAAGGUGUCCGCCCCUGACGGGUGUCAGUUGUGCGAGGCUCGGUGCCCCCUUCACUUGGACUGUGAGCUGCUGCUGCUGCGCUCCCGAGACUUGGUGUCUCUUGUAGGAUUGCUAUUCAGCACGCAUGGCGCCUAUGCCUUCUUAAGUCCUGUAGGAAACACGGUUGCUUCUAGACCGAUGCUUAGGAGCCUCACCGUUAUUCCUGCUAGUCUCGCGUCAUUGAGCAUUUCUAUAAAAAUGCCUUAGAAAAAGAACCAUGGAGAAGUAUGUUAGACUACAAAAGAUUGGAGAAGGCUCUUUUGGAAAAGCUGUUCUUGUUAAAUCUGCAGAGGAUGGCAGACAGUAUGUUAUCAAGGAAAUUAACAUCUCAAGAAUGUCCAAUAAAGAAAGGGAAGAAUCAAGAAGAGAAGUCGCUGUGUUGGCAAACAUGAAGCAUCCGAAUAUUGUCCAAUAUAGAGAGUCAUUCGAAGAAAAUGGCUCUCUCUACAUAGUGAUGGAUUACUGUGAAGGAGGAGAUCUGUUUAAAAGAAUAAAUGCUCAGAAAGGCAUUUUAUUUCAAGAAGAUCAGAUUUUGGACUGGUUUGUGCAGAUUUGUUUGGCUUUGAAACAUGUACAUGAUAGAAAAAUUCUUCAUCGAGACAUAAAAUCACAGAACAUAUUUCUAACCAAAGAUGGGACAGUACAGCUUGGAGAUUUUGGGAUUGCUAGAGUUCUUAAUAGCACUGUAGAGCUGGCCCGGACUUGCAUAGGGACUCCAUAUUACUUGUCACCUGAAAUCUGUGAAAACAAACCUUAUAACAAUAAAAGUGACAUUUGGGCUUUGGGCUGUGUCCUUUAUGAAUUGUGUACACUUAAACAUGCAUUUGAAGCUGGAAAUAUGAAAAACCUGGUACUGAAGAUAAUAUCUGGAUCCUUCCCACCUGUGUCUCUGCAUUAUUCCUAUGAUCUCCGCAGUUUGCUUUCUCAGUUAUUUAAAAGAAAUCCUAGGGAUAGACCAUCAGUCAACUCCAUAUUGGAGAAAGGUUUUAUAGCCAAACGCAUUGAAAAGUUUCUCUCACCUCAGCUUAUUGCAGAGGAAUUUUGUCAAAAAACAAUUUCAAAGUUUGGACCACAGCCUUUACCAGGUAAAAGACCAGCGUCAGGACAAAGCUUGGUUUCUCUUGUCCCAGCUCAGAAAAUCACAAAGCCUGCUGCUAAAUAUGGAGUGCCUUUAACACAUAAAAAAUAUGGAGAUAAAAAGUUACUUGAAAAAAAACCACCCUCAAAACAUAAACAGGCCCAUCACACUCCAAUAAAGAAAAUGAAUCCUGGAGAAGAAAGGAAGAAAAUGUUUGAGGAAGCACCAAAAAAGAGAAGGUCAGAAUUUGUUGAAAAAGAAAAGAAACAAAAGGAUCAGAUUAGUUUCAUGAAGGCUGAACAAGUAAAAAGGCAAGAAAAGCAGCGGUUGGAGAGAAUAAACAAGGCCAGAGAACAAGGAUGGAGAAAUGUCCUACGGGCUGGUGGAAGUGGUGAAGUCAAGGCUCCUUUUUUUGGCAGUGGAGGGGCCGUGACGCCAUCACCUUUCUCUUCUCGAGGGCAGUAUGAACAUUACCAUGCCAUUUUUGAUCAGAUGCAGCAGCUGAGAGCAGAAGAAAAUGAAGCAAGAUGGAAAGGGCAUAUCUACAGCCGGGGGCUCCCAGAAAGAGGACUUCCCCCUGGAGUUCGUCCAGGAUUUCCUAAUGGGGCUGGAGGUCACCACCAUUUCCCUGAUGCUGAUGCUAUUAGAAACACUUUGAAAAGAUUGAAGGCGGUGUCUAAACAAGCCAAUGCGAACAGGCAAAAAGGACAAUUAGCUGCAGAGAGAGCCAAGCAAGUAGAAGAAUUUCUCCAGCGGAAACGAGAAGCCAUGCAGAAUAAAGCCCGAGCUGAGGGACAUGUGGGACUCCUGCAAAACCUGGCAGCUAUGUAUGGAGGCAGGCCCAGCUCUUCAAGAGGAGGGAAGCCAAGGAACAAAGAGGAAGAGGUUUAUCUAGCAAGACUGAGGCAGAUAAGAUUACAGAAUUUCAAUGAACGCCAACAGAUUAGAGCCAAACUUCGUGGUGAAAAGAAAGAAGCUGAUGGUGUCGACGGACAAGAAACAACUGAAGAGGCUGACUCGAGGCUCAAAAAAAUUGAAUCACUUAAGGCCCAAACAAAUGCACGUGCUGCUGUUUUGAAAGAACAACUGGAGCGAAAGCGAAAAGAAGCCUAUGAGAGAGAAAAGAAAGUAUGGGAAGAGCAUUUAGUGGCUAGAGUGAAGUGUUCUGAUGUUUCUCCACCUUUGGUACAUCAUGAAACGGGUGGUUCUCCAUCAAAGCAGCAGAUGAGACCUAUUAUUUCUGUGAGUUCUGCUCUGAAAGAAGUGGGUAUGGAUGGAAGUUUAAUUGAUAUCCAAGAAGUUUCAGAAGAAAUGCAAAAGAGCAACAAUGCAAUUUCAAGUAAGCGAGAAAUACUUCGCAGGCUAAACGAAAAUCUUAAAGCUCAAGAAGAUGAGAAAGAAAAGCAGCAUCACUCCGAUUCUUGUGAGGUCAUUGUGGAUGAAGAUGCCAAAGAGCAUGAGAAAGAGAAUCCUGUUUCCUCUGAUCGCAGGAAAUGGGAGGUUGGAGGUCAACUUGUGAUUCCCCUGGAUGAAGUGACACUGGAUUCCUCCUUCUGUGCAACAGGAAAACAUACAGUGGGAGAGGUUAUUAAGUUAGAUCCUAAUGGCUCUCCAAGAAAAGUUUGGGGGAAAAGCCCUACAGAUUCAGUGCUGAAGAUACUUGGAGAAGCUGAGCUUCAGCUUCAGACAGAACUGUUGGAAAACACAGCUAUUGAAAGUGAGAUUUCUCCUGAAGUAGAAAAGUGUAAAGCCUCAAUCAUUGAAGAAGAAGAAAAAAUAAAAUGUAUUUCAAGUGAAAUAAAUUCAUCAGCUACCACUGAUUCUUCUGUUGAGACAGAAAAGCUAGAGUUUAGCCAGGCAUCUCCACUGGUGCUCGUAGGAAAUAUGGAAGAACAUGAUUUGGAAACAGAAGUUCUACAAGAACCAGAGAGGAAAACCUCAAAUGGGAGCUUGCCCUGUGCUGUCAGUGAAGUGUGGACUAGCGAAGAAAGGGAAGCAGAGGAUUCUGCGUUGGAAGAUAAAGUUGCCAUUCUGCAAAAUGAAGUUUGUGAAGAUGGUCUUCUGGGGAAUGUGGACCAACUCUGUGAGGAUCAUAUAGAACCUGGAAUAGAUGAUUCUCAACACUCUGAACAUGAUGUUGAAAAGUCAGUACAACCAGAACCAUUUUUCCAUAAAGUGGUUCAUUCUGAACAUUUGAACUUGGUUUCUCAAAUUCAGUCAAUUCACUGUUCAACAGAAGAAUCCAUUCCACUUCGGUCGUACUCUGAUUCACCACCAAAAAUUAAAAACAAGAAUUCCUUGCUGAUUGGACUUUCAACUGGUCUGUUUGAUGCAAACAAUCCAAAGAUGUUGAGGACGUGUUCACUUCCAGAUCUCUCAAAGCUGUUCAGAACCCUGAUGGAUGUAGGAGAUGUUCACCAAGACAGCCUUGAAAUAGACGCAAUUGAAGAUGAGCACGUUAAAGAAGGACCCUCUGAUUCUGAAGACACUGUGUUUGAAGAAACUGACAGAGAUUUACAAGAGCUUCAGGCCUCGAUGGAGCAGUUACUUAGGGAACAACCCAGUGAAGAAUGCAGCGAGGAGGAAGAGUUGGUCGUAAAGCACAGUGAUGUGGAGCAGAUGGCAAAUGGGACAGAUGUGGCAGAUGAGGACGACAACCCCAGCAGUGAAAGCGCCCUGAACGAGGCUUGGCACUCGGAUAAUAGUGAUGGGGAGACUACUAGUGAGUAUGAAUAUGAUAGUGUCUUUAACCAUUUAGAGGAGCUGAGGCUUCACCUGGAGCAAGAAAUGGGCUUUGAAAAGUUCUUUGAGGUUUAUGAGAAAGUGAAGGCUAUUCAUGAAGAUGAAGAUGAAAAUAUUGAGAUUUGUUCAACAAUAGUUGAGAACAUUUUGGGCAGUAAGCAUCAGCAUCUCUAUGCCAAGAUCCUUCAUUUAGUCAUGGCGGACGGAGCCUAUCAGGAAGAUAAUGAUGAAUAACCUUCAGGACAUUCUCUAAUAUUCAGCUGUGUGAAAACAUUUGAACCUGUCUCAUAAUAACAAGCUUCGUGGGAAAUUCAGAGCUUAUUUAUAAGAAAUACCAGAUUUAAGAUGGGCAUGCUUAUUAAGCAUGAAAAGACUGUGGAAUGUGAUUUUUCAAUUAGAUUCUGGCAUUUCAUUUACUUAAUUUUGUUUAUUGAGUUCUGUAAUUAACUUCUGUAGCAUGUACAUUUCUUUAAAUCAUCCCCGCAAAGCAUCGACUCAGAAUUGGAAUUGAUGGUGUUGAAAUUUUACCAUGUGCUAAGGAACUACUUUUAGUGGACAUCAUUCUGUGGAAAAAGUUGCCCAUGUCAUGAAAGGCCUGCCAUUCCUUGGUUUUCAUUUAAAUUUCAGCCUGACUGUUUUUUCUAUCUAGGAUUUUUCAUCCUGGCCAGCAGUUCUACAUUAAGUAAUCCUUGUCAAGGGCUCUGUUUAAAUCUUUACUUUUAGGAGAAGAAUUUUUAGCCUUGAAGUGUAUUUAUAUUCUCAAGUCAUUUUUCAACCAGUGUCUCCUGAACCAGCUCAGUGGAAACAGGCUGUAGAAACAAUCUUAAAUUUCGAAAGAUGUGAUUAUGAAGGAAUAGCAAAGUUCUACUUCCUGAUAUUAAAAAGUUGCUUAAUUUCUUCUGUUUCUCUUUAUAGACCAGAAAUACUAUAACUAAAAAUUAGGCUGUGAAUUUAAACAUUAACCUAGCAUAGAGCAUAAAGUUGCCCUUUGACUUUUAGCAUCUCUCCUGCAUGUGCCUCAGUGUCGGUAACCAUUAUGGGGAAAGGUUUGCCUCUUUUAUUUCCAGUGUGAGGAUUUAACUGGGUUAUUAAGAUGAUGGUCCCAUAGCUUCAGUUAGACACUGUUUCAUUAAAGAUGUCUACAGUCCAAAUGUUUUCAGUAAUAAAAGCAGAAAUUUGAGCCUCUGAGUACAAAUCAGCCUGAUUGGCAUAAUCUAACAUUUGAAAGAUGGAAUCUUACUUUGCAGCACUAUCAGUACUAUACUGAAUUUAUUAUGUAUAUUAUUUCUAACAUCCAAAACUAAAUAGCUGAUUUUAUAUGUUUAUUUUAUACUAUUAAAUUUUUUUUCAUGUAC